UGCCUCACAAUUAUGUGUUUAUUCAUUUAUUCAUGUAUUUAUUUCCCAGGCAAGGAGAUGGUAGACUACAUAGCCGACUACUUCCUGGACAUCCGCUCGCGUCGUGUAUUUCCGGACGUGCAGCCAGGUUACAUGCAGGCUCUUGUACCGGACAGAGCGCCGGAGGAACCCAACAAGUGGGAGGACAUCUUUGCUGACGUAGAGAGGGUCAUCAUGCCUGGGGUGAGACAGAGACUGGUAGAUAGAUCUAUGUUGGCUGAUGCUGCCAGUUGUCUUGAAUUUACGUGGGCUUCAAGCCCCGCCUGCACAGAGCUGGAGACUAUAGUGAUGGACUGGUUGGGCAAGAUGUUGGAACUGCCGGAGUCUUUUCUGCACGGGGAGAAAGGGAGUAGAUCCCUGGGUGGUGGAUGUCGGUCAGAGAAGCUCUGGCUACAUCUGGAUGCUGCGUAUGCUGGCUCUGCCUUCAUAUGUCCCGAGUUCAGAUCCUGGAUGGCAGGCAUAGAGUUCUCCGACUCGUUCGCCUUCAACCCCAGCAAGUGGCUGAUGGUUCACUUUGACUGCAGCGCUAUGUGGGUCAAGGAUGCACGGGCUCUACACAGAACCUUCAAUGUGGAGCCUCUCUAUCUACAGCACGAGAAUUCGGGUACUUCUCCCUCCACCCCACAGCACUGGCAGAUAGCCCUAAGCCGUAGAUUCCGUGCCCUCAAGCUCUGGUUUGUCCUGAGAUCAUUUGGAGUCUCAGGUCUACAGCGACACAUUAGACGGGGUGUGGAACUGGCCCAGAUGUUUGAGAACCUAGUGCAAGCUGACCUGAGGUUUGAAGUGACUGCACCUAGAUGGCUGGGAAUGGUGGUGUUCCGACUUGUGAGCAUCCAAGUAAAUGAAAGAACCAUGAUCGCCGAUGUCUGCCACUGCCAAAGAUAUAUAGCACUUGAUGAUGAUGGUGAUGAUGAUCAUGUUUCGUUCAGGGACUGGAUUACUAUCACCGACAUGGCGUCUAAGAUCCUCAUCGAGGCAGGCGAACAAGCAGACGAAAGCAUCGAGGAAAACGACGAAGAGGACGACGAUACCAGCGAAGCGGAAACCACGCAGAUGUCCACAAACAGCAACAAGGAAGAACCUCCCACCCUUCAGAGAGUGCCCAGAAAGAACGCGGCCCGCUCCAACGGGCUGACCAAUGGGGAGGCUCAUCUCUGCAGGCCCCGCCCUCUUCCCCAUCCGUUGCCCCACGCGAAGACAGCGAGUCUCCGACGUAAGGAGUUUGGCAUCAGCCUGUUGCUAAGCAACGUGCCGAUGAGCCCAAAGGUCGUGAACGGAAGUUUUGCCGCGUUGUACGAUGAUAAUGACGUAGGUCUGGAACAGCUGGCCGGGCAGUUGUCGGUGGGAGGAGAAUUCAUCCGCCUGUCGCCUAGGAAACGGGGUAAACUAUCCGAGAAAGACCGGCAAAGGAGUCUCGACUGUAGCUUCUUAGCGUACAGGAGGGAUAACCCGAUAAAGAUGAAAAUGAUGGGGUCUCUGGACUCGAAAAUCGACGAUAUUUUAGAGAUGGGUUCAAAAGUUGCUGGAGGAGGGGAUGAUAGUGAUGGUGAGACGGCAGAAGGCAGAAAAGAGAAGGAUAAGGAGGAGGAUGAUAGAAGAGAAGGGAAAGGAAAGGUGGAUGAAGAAGGUAAGGAGGUAGAUCAGGCGGAAGAGGCAGAGUCAAAUGAAAAGUCGUUCUCCGGGAAAAAUGUCGUCGGUGCUAAAAAAGGGAGGGUAAUUGAAGUGCCGACGGUGACCAAGGUGAAGGUCAAAAUGUCUAAUGGCGGGCUGGUCAAAGGUGAGGGAACGUCCCUGGAGGGAAGGGUCUUGGAGCAGGAGCGAUGGGACACAGGUCACAGAGGUCAGAAAGGUCAGAAAAGUCAGACAGGCCAAGAAAAAAAUACAGGGGUCAAGAACAACGAGAUAGCAAAAGUCGCGAGUGCUGGUAAAAAUUCCCCCCAGAAAAGAGACCAAAAGUCAAACACGGCGUCUGAAAAUCAAAACAGCGUCGGGGAUCACAAAAUGGUUCUAAAAGCGUCGAAAAGCUCAGAACUUCCGACCAAAUCGAAAAACUCCGUAGGGGGAUCGAACCCAGACGCAGGGGGCACAGGGGGGCGCUACAUGAUGGAGCUGAGCAAAGCCGUGUGCUCAAAGGUCAAGGAAGCUCUGUUGACACUUCCGGGGUCAGGGGGAGGUAACUCUACACCUGCGGCAAUGGCGGGAGAUGGGGAUGGAGACGUGUGCUGUCCUUACUGUGGGAGAGAGUUGCCUUCUUCGCUUCUCUCGUAAACAAAGAGAACUUACUUUGUAAACAAAAGGGAACAUAUGAAUAUUCUUGAGUUCUCUUGUAAACAAAGAAGACUUGUCUUGUAAAUAAAUAGAAAGUUAUAUUGACUUACCCCGUGAAGAAAGGGAAAAUAAACUUGAGUUCAACUGUUAUCAAAGAGAAACUAUUUCGUAAACAAAAGGGAAAAUUAAUAUUCUUAAGUUCUCUCGUGCACAAAAGGGGGCAUAUCUCCUAUACAAAGGGAACAUAAAUCUUUUAGUUCUCUCAUACUCGAAGGGUGGCAUAUUUAGUAUAUAGGGGACAUAAUAAUUCUUGAGUUCUCUCGUACACAAAAGAGGGGCAUAUCUCCUAAACAAAGGGAACAUAUUCUCGAGUUCCCUCGUAAAAAAAGAGGACACGUUUUUCAAACAAAGAGAACAUAACAUAAUCAUGAGUUCUCUUAUAAACAAACAAAAUAAACAUAUUCUGAAA